AUGAGUAAAAAUAAAUUUGAAGAACCAAAGAAUACAGCAAGAAAGGAAACAAAGAAAAGCAUUGAAGAUUAGCGUUUAAAGCUUGAUUUGAUUCAUUGCUUCGGAUCAUUAUGUUCAAAUGGAUAUCGCAAUUCAGUUGGUAUAAUGGAAGAAGAUGGAUACAGCUUAAUUUAUCCAGUAGGAAAGUAUAUAGCUAUCAAGCAGCAUGAUAAAAAUGAAAUGGCAUUUAUAAAAUUAAGUGAGAAUAUAGAUAAAAUUGUUAGUUUAGCGAUCUCUCCGAAUAAAAAGUUUAUAGCUGUUUGUGAGAAGUUAAAAUCAGAAGAUGAUGGAAAUAAAAAGUGUCCUUAAGUAGCAAUUUAUAAUAUUAAGUCAAGCAGUGUAGGAGCGAAUUUGGCUAAUGAAAAAAAAUAAUUCAAUUAUGCUGAUACCACAGUUGAAAACUUCCAAGCUAUGGCUUUUUCGUAUGACUCUCGUUUUAUCGCUUGUCUAACAGAAGCACCAGAAUAUCGUCUAGUUUUUAUUGAUAUAUUAGCUAAUAAAAAAGAUGUUGCGGGAGUUACACUAAGAAUACCUAUUACAAAAGUAUCAAUAUCUCCUAAGGAUAAUCACAUGGUAGCUAUUUCUGGUCUCAAUUGCUUCAAAAUUCUUAGAGUUCAAAAGAGUGCAUUUGUAUACAUUGGAGACAAUAUUAAAAGAUUGCCUUAAACUUAAAACUUUACUGAUCACAUUUGGUUUGAAGAGAAUAAAAUAGCCUUGUGUAAUGAUUAAGGAUAAGUUUAUAUUAUUCAAGAUAAUGAGGUUAAGUAAUACAUUGUUAACGGUUUUGAAAAAGAAGGUGUAGGUAUUUCUUGUAUGGCAUCAUUUACGAAGGGAUUAAUAUUAGCUAAUGAAACUGGUUUAUUCUCUGUUUGGAUGAAAGAUGAAGAUUCCGAUAAUGUAGGAACUUCUGAAGAAGAUUACCAAAUUGCAUAUGUUAGGUCAUGGACAAGUGAUAGAGGCAGUGGUGCAGUUACAAUAGAAAUAAGCAAAAAUGACGAUUUAUUAGUCGUUGGAUUCAAAAAUAAUGAUAUAGCUACAUUUGAUCUAUAAUAAAUUAUACCGCAAGUCCCAGAAACAAUAGAGAGUUUAAGAAAUAAUACACUUUACAUGGAUAAAAAGCUGAAAUUUGAUUAUAUUUAUAAUGGUUUUCAUUUUGGGCCAAUUACAAUGAUGGACAUAUGCUUAUAAAGACCCUUGAUAGCAACCUGCUGCUAAAGAGAUUCAACCAUUCGUAUUUGGAAUUACAUGAACUAUAGAUGUGAACUGGCUCGUAAAUUCGUUACUGAUACUAAUGAUAAAUCACCACUUCUUAGUAUGUCUUUUCAUCCAACUGGCUAUUAUUUGGCUGCUGGUUUUAUAGAUAAACUGAGAAUAUAUCACGUCCUUUAAGAUGAAUUAAGAACAUAUAAAGAGUUAGGAGUAAAAAACUGCACUGUCAUGAAAUUCUCAACUGGAGGUUAGUUUUUGGCUAUUGCAUAUCCUAAAACUAAAAAUUAAUCAAAUUAAUACUCAAUUUCCAUUUAUAAUUCUUACACCCUUUAACCAUUAAUUACACUGAAUGGUCCUCCAAGUUAGGUUACAGAAAUAGUUUGGGGUCCUUUUGAUGAAUUUUUAUUAAGUUGUUCUUUAGAUGGGACAGUGUAUAGAUGGGUACCAUUGUUUUAGAGCUUUCAUUAAAAUAAUACUGCAAGUCCAAAUCUAAAUAGAUCAGAAAAAAAAUUAGAAAAAGCUCCUUCAUCUGUAAAAGAGAAGUAUAAAUAUACAGGGUUAAUUUACAAUAGCCAAACAAAUUUAAUUUGGGCAACAGGAGGAGAUGAAAACAAGGGUAUUGUUUAUGGUUAUAUGGAUUAACAUGAAUAAGAAAUGAGAAUUCAACAGCAGCAACAAUUUGGAAAUUAGGGAUUAAAUCCACAGAGCCACUUCACUCACUAAGUUUAAGAUAUGGAUUUCGAACUAAAAAAUUACAGAAUUACUCAUUUUUGCUUUAUUUAAAGUUUCUACAAUUAUUAUGGUAUAGUCGCUGGUACUAACACUGGUGCAAUUAAGGUUUUCAGCCAUCAUUUUAGCACUAUUCCUUACGAAACAAUAUAAACUCAUAAUGGAUAAGUCACUUAAGUUAGAUCAAGUCCAGAUGGUAGGUAUGUUUUCUCUUCUGGAGAGGAUGGGUCUAUAUUCAUUUUUUAAGUUUCUGAAAUUUCAAAGGAUUUGUAAGUACUGUCUUUGAAAAUGGGAGAAGUGAAGAUGGACGAAGAAGCUGUCAGCAAAAUGAAUCCAAGAGCGAUGGUAGUUGACGAACACUUAUCUGAUGUUGUCAUGGUUUACCGAAGUGAUGUGGAGUCUUAUAUUUAAGAAUAAGAAAAAAUAACAAAUGAAUACAAAGAGUUUAAGGGUAGAAUGAAUGAUACAAUUGAGUAAGAAAAAAGAAUUUUGGAAUUUAAGAUGAACAAAAUGAAGGAAAACUUUGAAAGUGACAUGACUCGUUUUAAGCGUUAAUACGAGGAUUUGUAAAGUGCUAAGAGCUAGAUGGAGUCAGAUUACAAACAGACUAUAAUAAAUUUAGAAGAAAAGCAUCUUAAGGGUGUCGAAGAACUUGAAAGUCUCUAUGAAAGAAAAUUAGCUUUUGAAAACGAAAAAUAUUUUCAACAAGAAUAGGAAUUAAAGGAAGAAAGACUUAAAUUUGAGAAAAAGAUAAAAGAGCUUUCAAGAAAACAAGACACCAAUAUUGACAUUCUAAAAAAAGAGUUCAAUCUCAAUUUCGGAAAGGCCUAAAAAGUUUAUGAAAGCACUAAAAUGACAGCAGAAGAGCUAAAAAAAGUCUAUGAAGAGAGACUCUCUCAACAAGAAGAAGAGCAUGAAUCAGAAAUUAGAAAUAUGGUUGAGAAAAACGAAAAAGAAUUGGAAAGAUGGAAACAGAAAGUUUAAGAUUUAAAGCAUAAGAAAAAUAAACUCAAGAAUGAUCUUUAAUAAUCUGAAAAUGAUUAGAAGGAAAUAAAGAAGAAAGAAGAAGAAAAAGAUUUAAUGCUUUAAGAAUGCAGGUAAAAGCUUAAAGAAGCUCAAGGAUAAAUUGAAAUUCAUAAAGCUGAAUACAGAUCUCUUGAAGAGAUACUUAAAAAGAAAGAGAAGAAGAUGCAGGAUUAUAAAUAUAAAAUAAGUGAUCUUUAAAAAUCAAAGCAUGUUUUAAGUUUUAGAACCACAGAAAUGAGAAAAAGCUUAGAGCCUAAAGAAGCAUAAAUAGAGAAAUUAAAAGAAGAAUUGUUUAGAUUAGAAGGAGAGUUCGAAGGUAUGCUGCAAUAAGCUUAAAAAACAAACGAAGAAAUGAAAAAAAUGUAAAAUCAUAUUGAAAAUUUGAAAAGAAACUUAAAAGCUCAAUAAGAGGCUACUAGAAUAAAGGAUAGCUUGAAUAAUAAGAUGAUCAUGGAUAUAUAUAAUUGUGUUAAUAACAAAGACAUGAAAGAAUGGGCUAGUGAAAUGCAAAAACUCAACCAAAUUUAUGUGAAAGGCUAAGAAAUCAAGUAAUCAUCAAGUGAUGACAAAGGUCUUGAAGAAAUGCAACGCUAAAUAUAACACUUAGAAAAAUCAAUUUAUUAGCUAAAUAAAUCAUCUGAAAAAGUUAUUAUCCGUAGAGAUAAAGAGAUUUAUAAGAAAACUAAAGAAAAUGCUGAAUUAAUUCAUGAAAUAAACGAAAUGAGAAAAACAAAUAAACUUUAUGUCUCAGAAAUUACUAACUUGAGAACAUAAUUAGACAACAAUAAAAAAGAGAAUAAUAAUGUCCGUAAUGAGUUAAAUAGAAUUAAGGUUGCUCUUACUAAAAAAUAAAAAGAGCUUUAGUAAUUCGAAGAUACAGCUUAAGACAGAAGUCCAUUAAAUCCAUUUGACUCUUUGAAUUUGGAAACCAAUAAAUCAAGUCUUCAAACUAAUCAUCAGCACUCAUAAUCCCUUCCUAAACUAAAACCUAUUUCUUCUCUACCCAGCAUAAUCCAAAAUCAAAGAGGAAAAAUAAUCAAAGGCUUAAACUUUGACUCUAAAACUUUAGCCACUUUUGACAAAGCUAAAAUGAUGGAUCUUUUAGCAGAGAUGGAGCUUUCAACACAAAAACUAGUUUAGCAAGAAAUAUAAAUAAAAACAUUAAGAGGUAAUAUUAAAAAACAUAUAGAAACUUGCAGCAUGAACGACCCUAAUUUAAAAGAAGCUGUAAAGGAAAGUCAUAUAAAUUUGGAUCUUCUUACAUCCUCAAAUAUGCAUUAACAUAUAUAAUACGACUCAUAGCCUGAGGAUAAUGUUAAUGAAGAUGAAUCAUGA